AUGGAACAAAGAGAUGAGACUGACAGCGUGGCUCAGACCACCGACCUCUGGCUCACAGCACGAGCAUCCCGAGAAUGUUUGCCGAUUCUCAUGUAUAUGCGCAAUUCAGGUUGGUGGUAUAAUCUCAUCUGCAAUGUACAAAUAAUCGAAAAUGCUCCGGGAGUUCCUAUAAUUUCGAAAGUUUGCAGUCUCCUUGCAACGCUAAAACAAGACCUUGAUAGGAAAUUGUUGAAAGUCGGCGAGGGCCGGGAACGUUUGGAGCAAGAGAUGGCCCAUACGAAGGGACGCAAAAGCACCGCAUAA